AUGUUUGUUGUCUAUCGAAUGCGGAAGAAAGACGAAGGCAGCUAUGCUCUGGAUGAGCCCAAGCAACCGCCUCACUACUCUUACGCAUAUCAAAAAGCGCCAACGAAAGAAUUUUAUGCUUAA